AUGAGCUCCUUCAUCAACACAAUGUUCGUGCACUACUCUCCUCCACAGCCCUACUCCCAGUCCCCCAAGCCCCUCCCGGCCCUCCACUCCAACAUCCUCGCGGAGUCCGAAUCCUACAUCCACUUCCAACCCCCCGCCAGCCCGCAGGAAACCUACAAAUCACCAUUACAACGGCAUCUCCACAACGCCCUCACCGAGUCUCACUCUUUCAGCAACAUCCCCGCGCCAGUCCGUGUUGAGAACCGCACGCAUGAAGUCCAGCGCGGCUACAGGGGCUUGGGGCAUGGGAUCAAGGAUAUCGCGAAACAGGCUGACCUCCUGACGUACAGCAACAACAAUGCGCGCACGCGGAACGCAGCGUUCCAGCCGCAGAAGCGAGCGAAGGGGACAAACUCAUGGCAGUUGAAGCAGUUUGCUGAGGCGACGCUGGGAAGUGGGAGUUUGAGGAAGGUGGUGCAGUUGCCGGAGGGUGAAGACAGGGAUGAGUGGUUGGCUGUGAACGUCGUCGACUUCUACAACCAGAUCAACCUCCUCUACGGCGCCAUCACCGAGUUCUGCUCUCCACAAUCUUGCCCGGAGAUGAAAGCAACAGACGAGUUCGAGUACCUCUGGCACGACCCUCCAGCCUUCCCCAAGCCCACUCGUCUUCCCGCACCCACCUACAUCAGCCACCUCCUCAAUUGGACUUCAUCCCACCUCAGCAACCCCGCAGUAUUCCCAACGCAGCCCGGCGUGCCAUUCCCUGAAGGCUUCGAGAAGACGGUCAAAGUACUGUUCAAGCGGCUGUACAGAAUCUACGCGCACAUCUACUGCCACCACUACAGCGUUGUGCGCGGGCUGGGGCUGGAAGCGCACCUGAACACCGGAUUCAAGCAUUACGUGCUGUUUGUGGAGGAGUUUGGGUUGGCGGACGAGAAGGGCGCGAAGAAGGGGGAAUGGUUUGGGCCGCUGGGGGAGCUUGUGGAGAGCAUGUUGAGGAGCGAUUGA